CAUGGCUUGCGAAGACGUACCAAAGACCAAUUGCGAUGCACGCACUGCUAUUUGGUGCAGCCGUUCACAUGGACGUCCUCCGACGGCCGCGAAUAAACCUCGAUAACCCGAUCCGCUUACACCACAAAGUGCAAACGAUGAAGCUGUUGAAAGAGGAGCUCCGAAGCCCUGAGAAGAUGCCGCUAGACGAUGUUAUCUUAUCUGUCUUGGCUUUGGGAACGAAUGAAGUAGAAACAAUGGUGAAGAAUACAAGCUACCAGACUCGAGCACCUUUCAACUCGCCGCUGUCUAGCGCUCAGUGGCUCGAUGUCUAUGGAAGUAUGUCUUCUGUUCCGGCCCACGUUGUCGCCAUGCGGUCUCUAGUACGUCGCCGAGGCGGCUUGGAAAGUAUCGAACUGCAUGGUUUGGCGGAAGUCUUAUCACUGUCCGAUAUUCUAGGAUCUACACAGCAUAUGUGCAAACCAUACUGGCCUCUGCUCCGACGGGCUAUAACCACCGACGACGCUCAUAGCGUUUCGCCUAGAAACCUUGGACAGGCAUUUCAAACGCUCGUUUCUUUUGGAAUCAACAUCAAUGCGGCCAAUGUACUCCAGUCCAUGGUUGACCUUACUUUUAACAUCGAAUCUCACUGCAGAGGAAUUAACCUGAUCUCGGACCUCAAAGUCUUCAUCGAGAAGCGAAAUACCAUACAACAUAGUCUCAUGUCAUUGCCGACCGGGGAUGAACUGGAAUAUGGAGAAAUCAGCAGCGUAUGCCUCUAUGAAUCGAUUCGCCACGCGGCAAUCAUUUACAGUGUUGCGGUGACAUUUCCCCUACCUCCUGUUAGUGGCAUAUUCCGAAAACUCGCUGGUAGUCUGAAAGACAUCCUGGAAAAAUCAAAACUCGAUCCAUGUUGGCAACUUUACCCGAAAACACUUCUGUGGAUGCUGAUUCUGGGUGGUAUUGCUGCCUUAGAGACAACGCACAGGGCUUGGUAUGUUCGGAAUUUGGCAGCUCUGUCGAAUGCGUUGGACUUGACAGAAUGGAAGGACAUUGCAGAGGAAGCUGAAAACUAUUUGUGGCUCGAAAGCGCUUGUGAUGCUGGCGGGAGCAGUCUUUGGGAUGAAGUGAAGAAUGAGAGGCUUCUAGAUGGAGGUGAUGUUACAGAAAUCCCAGGCUUUUGAGUUCUCAUGUGUGUGUGGAGGUAAAGCUUGAAAACGGUGGUUGGAUUUCCGAGAAAUUGAAUGAAGGUACUGUAUCAGAGGGGAACGAAAAAGUUCUUGAGACGUUUCCUCUGGCUUGGCUUUGGUGGACGGGGGAAUCAUGACAAAGCAAAGCCGUUGUCAGUCACUUGACCAGCGCUUUCCUAAUAGGGACUUUCUGCGCUAGAAGAAUGAAUUGCGAGAGCCUCCUCAAGAGGAUUUUAAGUGACUGGUUAUUGAAGCUUCCGAGCGAUAUCCCAAUCGGGUU